AUGACAACCUGGCCAACGGGAACUUACUCUCUUCUCAAACCUGUAUCUGGCUGUCCAGCUGGUUUCAAAGAAGGCUCCAUCACAAUCCAUGGUGUACGAACCGGAUUUCUUGAAAGUUUUGUACAAUUUGGUGAAUCUACGCCACCUAUUACGGCCGGUGUGUUACCGGAUGGUACCUAUGACCCAUACACCAGGUUUAGAUUCUGUUGUCGCAGUGAUGGUUAUUCUGAUGUUCCUAUUCGACUACCUAACACCGAUCCAUUUGUUUUAUUUAAAUACCAGGGCGAAUGUCAGCAGGUAGAAGGUUAG